CUUCCCUCCUCGUCUCGCAUACCCGGUUCAAGCAUCCGAUCUGCGAAUCUCACGUUCAUCACAAACGUACACACAAACCAUCCACAACCGUCAAAAUGGGUAAGGAGGAGAAGACUCACCUUAACGUCGUCGUCAUCGGCCACGUCGACUCUGGCAAGUCGACCACUACCGGUCACUUGAUCUACCAGUGCGGUGGUAUCGACAAGCGAACCAUCGAGAAGUUCGAGAAGGAAGCCGCCGAGCUCGGUAAGGGUUCCUUCAAGUACGCCUGGGUUCUUGACAAGCUCAAAGCCGAGCGUGAGCGUGGUAUCACCAUUGAUAUCGCCCUCUGGAAGUUCGAGACUCCUCGCUACUAUGUCACCGUCAUUGACGCUCCCGGUCACCGUGAUUUCAUCAAGAACAUGAUCACUGGUACUUCCCAGGCCGAUUGCGCCAUUCUCAUCAUUGCCGCCGGUACUGGUGAGUUCGAGGCUGGUAUCUCCAAGGAUGGCCAGACCCGUGAGCACGCUCUCCUUGCCUACACCCUUGGUGUCAAGAACCUCAUUGUUGCCAUCAACAAGAUGGACACCACCAAGUGGUCUGAGGCCCGUUACCAGGAGAUCAUCAAGGAGACCUCUUCUUUCAUCAAGAAGGUCGGCUACAACCCCAAGGCUGUCGCUUUCGUCCCCAUCUCCGGUUUCAACGGUGACAACAUGCUUACUGCCUCCACCAACUGCCCCUGGUACAAGGGUUGGGAGCGUGAGAUCAAGUCUGGCAAGCUCUCCGGAAAGACCCUCCUUGAGGCCAUUGACUCCAUCGAGCCCCCCAAGCGUCCCAACGACAAGCCCCUCCGACUUCCCCUCCAGGAUGUCUACAAGAUUGGCGGUAUUGGAACGGUUCCUGUCGGCCGUAUCGAGACUGGUAUCAUCAAGCCCGGUAUGGUCGUUACCUUCGCUCCUUCCAACGUCACCACUGAAGUCAAGUCCGUUGAGAUGCACCACGAGCAGCUCACUGAGGGACAGCCCGGUGACAACGUUGGUUUCAACGUGAAGAACGUUUCCGUCAAGGACAUCCGACGUGGUAACGUCGCUGGUGACUCCAAGAACGACCCCCCCAUGGGUGCCGCUUCUUUCACCGCCCAGGUCAUCGUCCUCAACCACCCCGGUCAGGUCGGUGCUGGUUACGCUCCCGUCCUCGAUUGCCACACUGCCCACAUUGCCUGCAAGUUCGCCGAGAUCCAGGAGAAGAUCGACCGCCGAACCGGUAAGGCUACUGAGGCCGCCCCCAAGUUCAUCAAGUCUGGUGACUCCGCCAUCGUCAAGAUGGUUCCCUCCAAGCCCAUGUGUGUUGAGGCUUUCACCGACUACCCUCCUCUGGGUCGUUUCGCCGUCCGUGACAUGCGACAGACCGUCGCCGUCGGUGUCAUCAAGGCCGUCGAGAAGUCCACUGGCGCUGCUGGCAAGGUCACCAAGUCCGCUGCCAAGGCUGGUAAGAAAUAAGCGCAUUAUUUCUGAAAUGACAACCUUCGGUGGGAUCUUACGACUCUGGUCUCACGCCCAAGGGCUGAUGUACUCGCUUCUACGACGAAAUGAUCAUGUUGGCAUGAGCACUCGGCUUAUGUCUGGGGGCACGAGAUGAGGCGAAAAUAAAAGCCUGGGAUCUUGUGCAAAUCAAAAAUAGGAAUAGAGAGUCUAGAAGUGAUUCGUGCAAUUUUUCUUGUUCCCU